AAACGCUAGAUGGCUGUUAACUCGAUGUUAUUAACAGCUGAUUUCGAUUUAAAAUUAUAACAAAUGUCAAAUCGGUUUUAAGAUCAACUUUUAUCCUCUGAUGUCGAUGAAUUUCUUAAAUAAACUGAUAACUUCAAAGAAAAAAACCUCUAAAACUGAUAAUAUUGUAGUAGUUAAUAAUGUGCCAACCUCCAGUCCUCAAUCAUCUACUCUUAAAACUACCCAUUUUAAUCUACCAUUCACUCCUUUGAUACCUGACAAUGUACUAUCAACAGGGUUACUUCAAUUGGAUCCGCAGCCGUUGAGUGAUUUUGGUUUAACCAUUGAGGAUUAUCUUCGGAAAAAAGUGGAAACUGUUUCUCGAAAUCAAUACAAAAUUUGUGAAAUUAUUAAAGAAACUGAAUCUACAUCAAUAUUUUUAUCAAAUUAUCUAGAUGCCAAAGAUAAACGGUUAAAGAAGGUUGAAGAAUCAUUCGACAAGGUACAAGAGCUUUUGAACAAAUGUGAAUCAAGUUUGGAAUCGUGCUUAACAAAUAUUGACAAUCUCAACAGAUCGCUGCCACCUCAUCUUAAACUAGAAAACUUAGAAUAUAACAAGAAACUGGAAACUUCAGAUUAAUUGUUUACCACAAUUACAAUGGAUCUUUCACGAAACGAAAAUGACAAAUCAAGAUGAACAUAUUGUACAUUCACCAGAAAAAUUACUUUUGUAUCAAGGAAAUGAAAUUUUUACUAUUUGUUUCAAAGCUAGAUGUGUAAUGUAAAUGCUCAAUGUUUUUCUGUGAAUGUAACACUCAUUGAAAUAGCAAUAGCAAUCAUUUCAUUGAAACCUGUCUAUCACCUUUAUUAUGACUUCAUUACAUUGUAUAAAGAACAAUUAUUCCAUCUUCAUGCUAAAUUUUUAUCCAAAGACCUUAUAAAAUUACUUAUCUGGCUAA